UGCGUCGCAGCGCCGCAGUACGGUAGGGGGAUCACUGAAAACGCGAACCGAAUCUGAAAUCAGUAAUGGGUUGCAAGGGUUGCACUGUGUACCACUGAAGCAUAAGCAUAUUGUAGAUCGUAGAUGCUGGCUAAGUAGCAUCAUAGAGAUCUCAGAUCAAAUCGGUCCGUGGUCCCGUACAUCGCUUCGUUUGUGUGCAAAUCUCCCGGGCGGCGCGAUGUCGCUAAUCCGAACUCUGUGGCAGUGCACUUUCAGCCCGCGCCUGUACAAGUUCUACGAAGUUUCAUGGGUAGGGCGUCUCAUCGACAAACCGUACGAGGCCAAGGGACUUGAAAGAUGGGGCGACCAGGUCGUCAUUUCGUUUGUCACUGCAUGGUCCUUCACAAUUUAUGCCAUUCCACUGAUCGUCAUUGCGCUGUUCAGAAGAGGUUCACCUCUGGCAGAUGCAUACACAAUAUCUCAGUUUGUCACAGGAGCUGGAAUCAUUCUGGUGACAUCUUUAAUGGCUCGAGGAUAUUCCCGGGCCAAGAAUCCAACAUAUUUGAAAUUUAUAAAGGUGUUGGAUGAUGCCAGAUCUCAUUAUAAUGCUGAAACUAAGCAGGAACUUGGAAAAUAUGACUUUGAAUUUUGGGCUUGGCCAGUUGAUUUCAAUAUCUCAGCAAUAGAAAAGACUGACCUAAAACCAAAAUUAACAUUGCAAAACAUGGAUGCAAGCGACAGAGCAUUAAGUCUCCGAAGAAGAGAUUCAAUACUUGCAGUACCUUGUAAAAUUCUGUCAUAUGGUAUAGCUCAUACUGUAGCUUUGAAGCUCAUUUAUCCAGGAAGCAUUUCACUUGUCAAUUGGGCAAUGCGUGGAAUGCUGUUACAAGGUAGAGUAGAUUUAGUCAAAAUUGGAGCAGAAAGAUUCAAAUUAUUAACAUCAGAUAAUAACGAAAUAGAUGCAAUAUUUUUGGAUAGACGUCACAAAACAUCAAAUGGUGCCAUUCUUGUGGUAACGUGUGAAGGAAAUUGUGGCUUUUAUGAAGUAGGCAUCAUUACUACUCCGUUAAAUAAAGGUUACUCUGUGCUUGGAUGGAAUCAUCCAGGUUUUGGUGGCAGUACUGGAGCUCCAUAUCCAGAUCAAGAGGAAAAUGCAAUUGACUGUGUAAUGAAAUUUGCAAUUCACAAGCUGGGUUUUGCUGAAAGUAAAAUCAUAUUGAAUGGUUGGAGUAUUGGAGGAUACACAUCUACGUGGGCUGCUAUGAACUACCCUUCAAUUCACAGUUUGCUUGUAGAUGCAACGUUCGAUGAUAUUUUACCUUUGGCAUUGGCUAGAAUGCCAACAUCAAUUGAACCAUUAGUACGAAAUGUCAUUAGGAAUCAUUUUAAUCUGAACGUAGCUGCGCAGUUGAACAAGUACGACGGUAGAGUUCUAAUCGUGCGAAGGACCGACGACGAGAUGAUUUGUGUACCCGAUAACAGUCUGGAAGGAAAUCGGGGCAACAAACUUUUGGAAAAAAUGUUGCUUAGGCGUUAUCCUCAUCUAUUCGCAAAUUCGCCAGACUCAUUCAUAUACUUAUCAAAAUUACUGGAAGCUCCAACUUUUGCUGAGAAACGACUGAUUUUGGAUGAUCGUGAAGUUGAUCAAGGGCGUUGUAUAGAUCUCAUAGGUCAGGAUAUUUUGGCUAAUAACUCCACUAUAAAAUAUCCAUCAUCUUUGGGAAGAGAGCUGGAUUCAAAAACAAAACAGCAACUUGUAUUAUAUUUGGCGACUAUGUACAUGGAAGAUCAAAAUUCGCAACAUUGUACACCACUAAGCACUGAACUUUUUCAUUCCGGAUGGGAUCCAAUGUCUACAAUCAAGGACAAGUAGUCGGUAAUUUCCCUUCACAAAAAAUAUCACGCGGCUGUGAGUCUUUGCGAGAAGAACUCUUAUUUUUGACGUCGCUUUAUUCCAAGAAAGCAUCGUUUGAAAAUUGAACAGUGCCUUGGCUGAAAGACCAAGGCAUCUUUUUGAGAAAAAUGAGGAUCAAGUUUUUUCUUAUAUACCAAGAGGAAAAAUUAAUUUUUCCAAGUGUGUAUUCAGCGUGUAGACAUCAAGAUUUAUAUUGUUAAAAAAUUUACGGUGUGUGGAAAUGUUAUCAUGGUUUAUGAUCAAAUCUAGCGUUUUUCGCUGGAAUAAAGAGAACUGUAAACAAGUGUGGUUGGCACUGUUUGUAUAUUUAAAUUCAGUUUGAGUAUUCGAUUUUUUUCAAAUAAUUUUAACUGUGCAUUUUUUGCUAAUUACACUGACACAUACAUUUUUUACACGUUUAAUACAGGAGAUCAAAAAGUAGAAGUUCAUGAUCUUUUUUUACUGGUAAGAGUCGAUUUUUACGAAUUUUUCUGUCGAUAGCUGAUAAAUAUACGCGUUAUUUAAAUAGCAUAUAUACCUAUCGUGUAUAUGUACUUUUCAAAAAAGUCGGUUACAAAUAAAUAAAUUAUCUAAAACUUCUUGUAAAUAAUGUACCUACACAAUAGAAUAAACAUCUCUCCAAGUUCUUUAAUACAAUAACCAUGCGGGCGCAAGAUAAUUUUUUUUUGAUCAUACGAUUUCAGGAGCGUUAGUUAAUUUAAUGUUAAUGUACAAAUAAAAAAGAGUUGACUUUAA